AUGCACUACUCAAGGAUCAUGCCUUCGUCAGGCGACCAUCGAUACUUUACCUCGACAGCUGUCUUUCUCAACGAGCUUGUCAAGCUCUCUCUCUCUCUUUGCCUGGCGAUCAACGAAACCUCGGAGAGUCUCGCGCCCGACACACCCAUUACGACCCUUCUCGAGCAAGUAUAUAAUAGCGUUUUCGGAGGCGACGGGUGGAAACUGGCGAUCCCAGCGGCUGGGUAUACACUACAGAACCUGCUGCAGUAUGUGGCCAUCAGCAACCUGGACGCUGUGCAAUUCCAGGUGCUCUACCAACUCAAAAUUCUCACGACGGCCAUCUUCAGCGUGACCCUGCUCCGGAAGCAGCUGGGUACAAAGCGGUGGUUGUCGCUGGUGGUGCUGACGUUGGGGGUUUGCGUGGUCAGCAUGCCAACGAACAUGACGGGCUCGUUCCUCAGCGACACGAGCGAUAGCUUCUUCCCUCGAUCGAUACACGACAUGGGCACCGCCAGCCCCGAGCUCUACGCGCCCAAGAAUCUGAGGAAGCGAUCAGCUACGUAUCAAGGGGUCACUGAGGACCUCGGUCCCCCUGAGCCGACGAUGAAUUAUUCGGCCGGCGUCAUUGCUGUGCUUGUGGCGGGUGCUGUGUCGGGUGUCACCGGUGUCUAUUUCGAGAAGCUCAUCAAGGAAGGCCCGUCGCAGCCGAGCUUGUGGAUUCGGAAUGUCCAGCUAUCGACGUACUCGCUCAUCAUGGCCUUUUUCAUGGGGAUCUUGUACCAGGAUGGCACUGGCAUUCGCGAGCACGGGUUCUUCGAGGGAUACAAUUGGGUUGUAUGGACGGCCGUCGUGCUGCAGGCCGUGGGCGGCAUGGUAGCGAGCGUGGUGAUUCGUGAUGCAGACAACAUUGUCAAGAACUUCGCCACAAGCAUCAGUAUUGUGCUGAGCUUGCUUGUUAGCGUGUUCCUCUUUGACUUUCGAUUGACAUGGACGCACGCCCCAUCGCCCGAUACCAGGUCACCGACCGAAACCCAUUCGAAUCGUCAGCUUGGAGAAGCCGGCGGUUACGCCUUUGCACACACCUCGCCUUGGGGUACCGUCGCCACACACAGCGUCGCCCCGUAUCCGGCCUUUCGACGCCUCAGGAAGGACGCAUCUUGA